GAAUUCUUCGUCCUUCUACACAGCAUGCUAUUCACUAACAUCCAACUUGACAACUUUUUGCCAACCCUUGCUCACUUCAUUGAGCACAUCGAAAUCAAGGGAGCCAAGGAACACGAGUGGAUUAUGAUGGCAGGCACAGGUGGUCCAGCUGUAAAAGUUGCCAAGAAGUGUCAAGUUGUGCCCGCAUUCCGCGACAAAGACAGAAAAGAGAAACAGAUGGACGUGGAUGAUGAAGGCGCCUCACAAGCAUCUCCAGUUCUAUCGGACGCAAACACACCUACAGAGUUGCCAGUGUCAUUCAAACUGGCAUUGGAAUUUGCAUUUUUGAUGCUCUCAUUCAUUCUCCACAAUCCAAUGCAGAAGGCCUCACCUUUUGCUUGUUCGACCUUAGAUCUCAGCCAUACCAUACCUUGGCAUGAUCUUGCACAGUUUUUUGCCACCACCCCCCACGACAUCUUUACUGCACAGGGAUUAGUCAUCCCAACUGCUGGCCAUGAGGGGUGA